AGAAAGAAAUUGGGCCAGGACCACAAAUGACGUGGGCCACUCCCAAUCAAUCUUUAAAAACUUAAUAAAAAGUAGAAAAGUAGACACCUUUCCACUACGUGGGCUUCAAAUCCAAGGUGUUCAAAUAAAUAAAAUAUAUAAAACAUAAGUAAAGUAGAUCUAGGGUUUGGGUAUGGGAAAAGAACAAUAAUUUUUUAAAAAUAAUAAUAAUAAUAAUAAAAUAAUAAUAAUAAUAAUAAUAAUAAUAAUAAAACAAGCCCAGAUCAAGUGAACCCAAUUCAUCCCCAGUUCAUCCAAAUUUGCCCAGAUCGGAAACGACCCAUUAAUCUAAACAGGUAAAGAGCCGGCCAGAGAUCUGCCACAGACGACCCAUAAUCUAAACAGGAAUCAUGAUCAACAUAAUACAAAUGUUGGGGCAACAAAGACAACCAAAUUUCAUGGAAAUUAUGCAGACUAUGGCAAAGACUAUGGCUGAACAACAAGAGUUAGUCAAGUCCUUGGCAGAGCAACAAGCAAGGGUAAUUGCAGAGCAGAAGGAAAAGGUUUCAACACCACAGCUUAUCCAAAAGGGAGGCUUAGCAGAGUUUGUUAAGCUUGCUAAGCCUUUCCAUGGAGAUUUGAAGGAUCCACUAAAGGUAGAAAAUUGGAUCAAGGAAAUGGAGAAGACUUUUCGAGGGCAAAGUGUCACUGAGGAGAAUAAGGUGCCAUAUGCUGCAUAUUUGUUGAAAGAAGCAUUCCUUAUGGAGUAUCUACCUGAAAGUGACAGACAUGAGAUGCAGCAAAAAUUUCAUACCCUUGUCCAAGGUGACAAGUCUGUGAAGGAAUAUGAGAAGGAAUUCAACCGGCUUUUAAAGUUUGCUCCUUUGGCUACUCAAAAGGAUGAGGAAUCUAGGAGGUUGAAAUUUCUCUAUGGGCUAAAUCCACAUAUUCUGUCUGAGGUUCAGAAAUUUGAAGUUUGUACAUAUUCUACAACAGUUAACAAAGCCAAAGUGAUAGAGCAAGGUCAGAAAGUGGUUAUGGCAGUAGAGGAGAGUAAUGUUGGCACUAAGAAACAGAAAUGGAUGGGUGCCUUAAGCGGGAAAGAUUCCACUAAUCACACCAAUUGUAUUCAUGCAAGGUACCCACCAAAUUCAUGUUUCAAAUGUGGGCAGCAGGGACAUAAGGCCAUUAAUUGUCCUCAAGGUAGACAAAACACCCAGGUUACUCAACGUGCUCCAGCUAAUCAAUCAGUUGCCAGUGAGAGAGCAUCUACUGCAGGUUCAAGUAAAGGAGCAAGUGUUGAGAAGACGUGUUAUACCCUAUGUUAAGAUUCAAUGGAGUAAUCAUACAGAGCGGGAGGCAACAUGGGAGUUGGAGGAAGAUGCUAGGAAAAAAUACCCGCAACUUUUUGAUGAACAAGGAAAAAGGGUCUAAAUAAUUCUUGGCUUUGCAUUCACUGGUGCUAGGUCAAUAACCGAGAGACUUUGGAAUUGAAAAUUUAUUUGAAAUUAAGGUAGCUUGUUUUGCAUAGAAUCGUCGGGAAUCAUUUUAGAUUAUCGUGCCGUGAUAGAUUAUCGAACGGUAAACCGUGUUAGACUAUCGAACGAAACUAAACAUGGAGCAUCUGGGAGGCAGGGGAAUUAGAGAGCCACCUUAGAAAUAAACUAUUUACUUCUUUCCCAUUAUGCUUAGCAUUCGUGGACAUUUGAAAUAAAGAGAUUUUAAUGUA